CAGAUCGCGACAGAAACGGUCGUGUGUAACGCACUUUAUCAUUUUAAGAUAAGAAAUAUUUUGUCGAUUUUUCUAUAGAAUUUGUUAGUUUACGGAUAUUAAUUGGAUAUAGUGAAUUGUCAAACUAAUCUAUCUUAAAUAGACACACUAUAAAUAUUUACAUCGCGAUAUUUAUAACCUAAAAACAUAUGAAGCAGUGUUUUAUUGUAUUUUGUUAAAUGUGAUUGUCAUGAAGUUAACAAGAUUAUUGCAAAUUGCAAUGAAAUCACUCGAGAAAACGGAAAAGGCUGUAAAUAUAAAAGCGACAUGGGGAAAUCUAACUGCAAUAACAUGGGGAGAUCCAUUACAUCCACCAGUAUUACUCUGUCCUGGUAGAAUGGAACCUAGUACAGCAUUCAGACCACUAGUGUUAAGGCUACCGAAUAGCUUUUUCUACGUGGCUUUGGAUUUGCCCGGGAACGGAUCAUCGGACACUCUCCCUCUUGGUGUGAGAUUUUCUGUCCAAGAUUUAGUCCCGUCAGUUCUAACAGUUGUCGAAUAUUACGAGUGGAAAAAAUUCAUUUAUAUCGGCCAUUCUUUGGGAGCAGCUAUUGGUAAAUAUUUCAACAUCGCGUACCCUGGACUUGUGACUAAAAUGGUGGAAUUAGAUCCUAUACCAGCUUACAAUACGGACGCAGCUAUGCCUAUAGGCGAUUGGUAUCAUUAUUAUUAUGGAAAUUAUUACAAUGAGGAUAGUUAUAAGAAACACAAUGCUGGCGUUGAAACUGCACCAAAAUAUACAUUGGAAAAGAUAAAAGAAUUGGUGCAAAAUGUUCAAGGUUUGACUGACGAAGCACUGAAACACCAACUAGAGAGAAUGAUUGAACCAGCUGGAGAUGGCUUGUAUAGAUUCACUUACGAUCAACGUAUGAAGCAUGUGACCCUCUUACCAUUUCCAAGUGAAUUUUUAAAGAAAAUCUACACAGCGCCGACUACGCCGACCUUCGCCAUAUUAGCUGAGAACAUGAUCAAAUUGGGCAUAUACGAUGAUGUACCGUUUUUAAGAGAUCCUUCCGCAUGGCCUAAUAAAAAUUUCAAAUAUAAAACCGUACCCGGAGGCCAUGAUGUACAUUUAAAUGACCCCGGAUGUAUGGCGGAUGACAUUUCUAAAUUCCUAUUGGAGAAUAAAUCGAAACUUUGACAUUUGUGGCAGAAAGUUUUCGAUAACCUUUGCCUUAUUUUAAAUUGGAUAAAAAAUGAAUAAUUUAAAGCAUAAGUUUAUGUACGAACUACAAAAAAAGUUUAAAUAUUUAUUGGUAUGGUUAUUUGGAUUAUUUUAGUGUUUAUUACAUUCCAAGUGGAUUUGAAUACUUUCGUAUAUUCAUUGGUAUUAUUUAAUUCAGGUAAAUAAAAGCCGUUUGUUACUUUUGUAAA